AUGCAGACGAUUCUCUCCAGAGCCGGAAAGGCUCCUCGCAGCGGGUGCAAGGCCUGCACCAGCGCCAUUGAGACCCUGGGCAAGAGACCGGUCUCUGCUCGCCGCAAGCCGACGUUCGCCGAGCUCUUCACAGCAUGCUACAGCUCGGUAUUCGCCACGGCAGCAUUGGUAGAUGCUGUCAGGAAGGAUGAUCGCAGGAAAGAGCUAGAUCGUCAGCUAGACGAAGUUCGAAAGGAAUUGGCCGACCUUCAGGAUGGCCGGCAACGGCCCAGCUCGGACGACGACUCAACAGCUCCGGAACUCAGUCUUCGACAGAUGGAUACGCUAUGGCAGAGCCUAAAGAAGAUAUACAACAACCGCCCUUACAUGAAGGAAAUACACCAACCAGCAACCAUAAGCGCAUCCGAUCUUGUCGAAGCUUUAAAGCACGAACACUACGGCUGUUCAGACGGUCCGUUGCGGAAUCCCAAGAGGCAGAUGGAUUACGAUAGGCUUGAAGGUGCAAUAAUGCAAGAGGAGAGUGCGAAUGGGAGAUAUUACCGAGAACCCCGGAAUCAGGCCCAGCUGCUCCGCGAAUCCCUGAGUACAGAGACCCUUGUUCGGAAACUUUUGGACCGUACCAGAUAUCUCCCCGAGGACCAGUCCGGCCCCUCGCUUCAAAAAGCCCGGACUUUACUGGAGAAAGGAAGUCAGGGUUUCACAUUCCGAUCUAUCGACUCAGCUAGAGCUCGGGACAACACCAUCCUAUUGAACAAGCGCCUGAGAUCUUUGGCUGCUUCCUCGAAUCUCAAUAUGAAGGAGAAAGUUGGCAGGAUUUGCUAUAACUUGCUAGUUUCGUCACAUCCGCCAGAUAUACACACCUACAACACGCUCAUUGUUGCGUUCAACAAGUCAGGCCACCAUUCAUUUGCCGAGGCGCUAGUAGCUUCGUUCUUCCAAUACCGACUGCUACAGCCUACACCAUCCACAUUCAUCGCCAUCUUAAACCAUUACCAAUGCACUAAUAACCACGGAAGAUUUUUACGAGCACUCGCAUGCAUAACUGGGCUCGACAAUCGAACUGGCGCAAAAGUUCGCCGGAGGCACGUAUCAGACAUUGAAGAAAACCCAAAUCUUCUACCUUGGGCGCUGGACUCUAGACGCCGAACUCUGACCGGGGACUAUAUCUGGGACCAUCUACCACUUUCACAACCUUUGGUAGAAGAAAUCAUUGGCGGUCUGCUUCACUUCAAGCUCUUUGACCAGGCUGCGGCGUUUUUCAUUUCAUGUGUGCAUUCUGGAGUAAACCUGAGCUUGGAUUUAGUCAAAUACUUCCUUGACGAAUGCAUCAAUGCUCUGGACUGGAAAGCUGCAGUUCGAUUGACGUCCAGCUUCGCACGCUCCCAGUCGACUUUGCAGACGCUGCUUAAAGUGGGAGGGGAUGGCGAGAAUACCUCGUACGUUGCUGAGCGAAUACGAGUUUUGUUGGACAUUUGUGGUCUUGGUGGUCCAGACAAGCCGUCAAAGUCUCUUUUAGUCAACUUGAAGGUUUCCGGCCCCUCAUUUACGAAACUCCUCAACACAUUGGCCCAAGAGGCCGGGCCCCCAAAAGAGAGGCCAUCCUCUGAGAAAGAGAUAUACAGGACCAAAAGCAGAGUGCUGCAGCUGGAGAGCAUAUGGAAAGAGUAUGAGUUUGUGAGAAAAACUACGAUAUCCAUUGAGAGCAAGCUCCUCUACCCCGAGUUCUCACGGACCUUUCGAGCUUCAAUGGCACUCCACAUUGGCAAGACGGCCACACAAAGAAGCGAGCAGUUGGACCAAGAGCUGACACAACUCAUGGAGAGUACCGCUUUGAUUGGAUCGACACCGCAGUCACUUCUAGAGAGUGAAGAUGCUACACCCCUUCCCGAAGAAGUCGCGCACGCACAGUCAGGGACGUCUUUGCCUGUACAUGCGACAAGGUCUGAUAAAUUCGAAUUGUUCGACCAUGGGAACACAGUUGAGUCCAAGCUCACGAGACCGAGGCCUGGGCAAUUACUCCCAGCUUGGCCGACUUGUCUACCAAGUGAAGACAGCGUGCUUCGGAGAAUGGCUGUGACUAAUGAGAGGAUGAUGAGAACUGAAGGAUGA